UGUUGUAAAGGAUUUGCCUCCAUAGACAGAAAAGCGGAGCGGAUGACUUUUUGGAAUCCGGCCUAGGGGGUCCUCUUCCACCUUUUGCUCACUCCGGUAUUCCACUCUCUCUCUUUCUCUCUCAGUCUUUCCCUGUGGAAAGGUUGACACUUAAGAGGGUUUAUUUAUCCUGAAGAACUCAGUGCGUAGAGCCUCGCCACCGUUGCAGUGUCACUCAGGAUGCACAGCUUUAUGGGAGGAGGCCUGUUCUGCGCCAUAGUGGGGAACAUCCUGCUGGUGGUCUCAACUGCGACAGACUACUGGAUGCAGUACCGCCUGUCGGGCAGCUUCGCCCACCAGGGCCUGUGGAGGUAUUGCAUGUCGGGCAAGUGCUACAUGCAGACAGACAGCAUCGCCUACUGGAAUGCCACCCGUGCCUUCAUGAUCCUGUCGGCCAUGUCGUGCUUCGCCGGCAUCAUCGCAGGCAUUCUCUCCUUCGCCCAUUUCUCCGCCUUCGAGAGGUUCAACCGCUCCUUCGCUGCAGGGAUCAUGUUCUUUGUCUCCACUCUAUUUGUUCUGCUUGCAAUGGCCAUCUACACUGGAGUGACGGUGAACUUCCUGGGGAAGCGAUUCGGUGACUGGCGCUUCUCUUGGUCCUACAUACUGGGCUGGGUGGCACUGCUCAUGACCUUCUUUGCAGGAAUAUUUUACAUGUGUGCCUACAGAAUGCAUGAAUGCAGGAGAGUGGUGGGCCCACGCUAACAGAGAGAGGAAAGCCAGUGGAAUGAAAAUCGGGACAUUUUCGCACCGCAAUUUCAACACGAUGAAAGAAUCAAGCUUACACCAAUAGACAUAUCCCUGAAAUAUAGAAACUGUACUAGGUAAUUGAGAACCAAAUAUGAAUACAAAUGUUUGACUCUGCCUGAGCAGUUUACGUGUCAUUUUAAUAAUAAAGCUAUAACUCUCUUUAGCAAUAAAACAUUUAUACUCUUUGUUA